AGCCUGUGCCUGCUUUGAAAGGCCCAUUGCUGCCUUCCGCUCCCUCUCUGCCCCCCCUGAAGGAGGCUAAUGCCCCUGUCCCGGAGCGGGGCCGCUUCCUAGUAGAGCGGUCACCCAGCUGCCCCCGCGGAGAGGUGACACUGGAAGGUCUCCGGGCCGAGGCUGGGACUGGGUGUGUGAGGUGGGCCUGAUCACCCGCAGGGAACGUAGGACCAAGCUGACGCCUUCCCAGAACACUCUCUGGGGUGGCCUUGUUCUUUACCUGGGGUUAACUAAUGCCCGUGAUGGAUCCGGGGAACCCCCACCCUGUCUUUAGUUUCACUGUCAGGUCACCUGCAGGCAGUGGGUUGCCUUUAGCUUAGCUCUCACUCCCUUGGGAAGAGGGAUUGCCUUACAGACAGCUCCCCGAGUCUUCAGACUGGGGGUGGGUUCAAAGAGAAGCUGCAUUCCCUGUAUCUUACUACACCAGAGUGCCAAGAUGCCAGCUUCCUUUUAAUUUGGGAUUGUAUCCUCUUCUGCUGGCAUGUGGAGAGGCAAUGAGGAUCUAGUGGAGCCAGGUCUGAAAAGAAGCCAGGAAGUGCUGCCUCCAUGGAGACAAUGAAACUCAUCAUUCUUGAGAACUAUGCGCAAGCCAGUGAGUGGGCUGCAAAAUACAUUAGGAAUCGAAUUAUCCAGUUUAACCCUGGCCCGGACAAAUACUUCACUCUUGGACUUCCCACAGGAAGCACUCCUUUAGGAUGUUACAAAAAGCUGAUUGAGUAUUACAAGAAUGGAGACUUGUCCUUCAAAUAUGUGAAAACCUUUAAUAUGGAUGAAUAUGUAGGUCUCCCAAGGGAUCACCUGGAAAGUUAUCACUCCUUCAUGUGGAAUAACUUUUUCAAGCACGUUGACAUCUCUCCAGAAAACACCCAUAUUCUGGAUGGAAAUGCAACUGACUUACAGGCGGAGUGUGAUGCUUUUGAGGGGAAAAUCAAAGCAGCUGGUGGAAUCGAACUAUUUGUUGGAGGUAUUGGCCCAGAUGGUCAUAUUGCCUUCAACGAGCCCGGCUCAAGUCUGGUGUCCAGAACUAGAGUGAAGACGUUGGCUAUGGACACCAUCUUGGCUAAUGCUAGAUUCUUUGAUGGUGACCUCUCCAAAGUCCCCACAAUGGCACUCACUGUUGGAGUAGGCACAGUCAUGGAUGCUAGAGAGGUUAUGAUUCUAAUCACAGGAGCCCAUAAAGCAUUUGCUUUGUACAAAGCCAUUGAGGAAGGAGUAAACCACAUGUGGACAGUAUCUGCCUUUCAGCAGCAUCCCAGCACUGUCUUUGUGUGUGAUGAGGAUGCCACCCUAGAACUCAAAGUUAAAACAGUGAAAUACUUUAAAGGUUUAAUGCUUGUUCAUAACAAGCUUGUGGAACCCUUAUAUAGUAUGAAGGAAACAGGAGCAGAAAGAAGACAGUCUAAGAAGCCGUACAGUGACUAGUUUCUUGGGGGCUGGUGUGAUGCUAAGCAGGCUCUUCUCUUGGAAACCAGCAGAGGAGGAAUCCCUACACAUUCUUCUUGUAUUUGUUCAUAAAUCAGGGGAGAUGUGCUUAUUAUUGUCUCCAUCUUUUAAAAGAGAUGAAUGCUGAGUACAUUGGGUUUAAUAAACUAGAUGAGGAUGGGACCUUAUGUACUGUGUUCUAACAACCACAAAACUACUCUUGCGCUAGUGGUGAAGCCAAUUGAAAUGAGAUGUAUAACCUGUAAAGCAAGUAAACGAGAACAGGAAAUAGAUAUCCCUCAACUCAAAGGUGAGGAUAUGAAAGGAAGUAAAAUCAAAUGGGUAACUGUAUAAUGUAUUACAUUUUAAGGACACACAUCUUGGUUUCUCUCCCCCCCCCCCCCCCCCCCACAGUGCACUUAUUAAUCUCAACUUCACUAGCAUCAUGAAAUGGAAGUACUAGCACUAACUAGAGUUAGCCAUUAAAUAAACUUCUUCAGAGCUCCCCUGAAUUAAUUUGUACCAUUUUAGUUUGGGGGCUUUCUUGAGGAGAUGCUACUAACUUCAGUGUUCAUUGAUGUAUAUAUGCUUUCACUAAAGCCCUGAUUCUGUGAUGUGCUAGGCACCCUCCACUUCCAAAAUCCCAAACACUGCACUUGCCCUGGCUCUUCAGUUGUCUCAUCUUAAAGAAAUAACUGUCACCAAAUGGUUAAACAGCAAUUGUUCCUUCUCCAGCUGUGUAACUCUGGCUACUAUUUCACUUCAUGGUCGGAAUUCUAAAAAUCCAAACAUUAUCUGAAUGUCACUGUAUGUCAAGACUAAGGUACUGUCAUUAGACAAUAGCAAUCAAGUCUAAAUAUCUGUGGCUUCAG